UUCAGUCGGAGUCCGAGUGUGUGGAGUUGGUUUAUCAUGGCCGCCUGACCGAGUCCAAAUCAUACCGUUCUCUUUUUUUCUCUUUCCCCCCUCUUUUUUUCAUUUUAGGGAUCCUGUUACUUUAAAAAUCGUGCAGGUUUUCUCGAAUUUUAUUUAACUUCUUAAAGGAAUUACCAUUCAUGUCAAUGCUCAAAUAUGCAGCCUCCACCGAGAAAGGUAAAAGUCACCCAGGAGCUGAAGAACACUCAUGCUGAGCAGAUGACCAGACUCCACAUCAAGCACCAGACAGAAUGCGACUUACUGGAAGACAUGAGGACAUACAGUCAGAAGAAGUCUGCCAUAGAGAAGGACUAUGCACAGGCUCUGCAGAAGCUGGCGAGUCAAUAUUUAAAGAGGGAUUGGCCAGGCAUCAAGCCCGACGAGCGAACCGACUAUAGGAAUGUCUAUGCUGUGUGGAAGGCCUACCUGGAGGGCACCGUGCAGGUGACCCAGUCUCGCAUCAACAUCUGUGAAAACUACAAGAACGAGAUUUCGGACCCUGCCAAAACGGUCAAGCUGUACAAGGAACAGCAGCUGAAGAAGUGCAUCGACCAUCUGACGCGGAUCCAGACAGAGCUGCAGGACACAGUGAAGGAUCUGGCAAAGUCCAAGAAGAAGUACUUGGAGAUGGAGCAGAUGGCCCAGGCAGUGAGAGAGAAGGCGGACAUCGAGGCCAAGUCCAAGCUGAGCCUGUUUCAGUCCAGGAUAAGUUUACAGAAAGCAAGCGUGAAGUUAAAAGCCAAGAGGAACGACUGCAACUCGAAGGCCACCCACGCCAGAAAUGAAUACCUUCUCACGCUCGCUGCAGCCAAUGCGCACCACGACCGGUACUAUCAGACCGACCUGAUCAACUGCAUCAAGGCCCUGGAUGGCAGCAUCUACGAUCACGUGAAGGAUUAUUUGAUAUCGUUCUGUCGGACGGAGCUGGAGGCCUUCCAGGCGAUCCACAACACCUUCCAGUUCCUCCUGGAGAAGUCAAGCAGGGUGAUGCAGGACUUUAAUCAGCAGCUGUUCAUGCAGGAGAAUCCAAUCUUUCAUAAAGCACAAUCCUUCCAGUUCCAGCCUAGUGACAGCGACACGAGCUUAAGCACCGUCCAGCAGCUGGUGGACAUCGAGCCCUCUCCUGUCAGUGCCAUGAGAAUGACCUUGGCACAGAGUGGGCAGCUUGAGUCGGAGACCGGAACAACAGAGGAGCACAGCCUGAACAAGGAGGCCCGCAAGUGGGCGACCCGCGUGGCCCGAGAGCACAAGAACAUCAUCCACAACCAGAGGACCCUCGAGGAGUGUGAGACGCAUGGGGUCCUGCCGUCAGAGCAAAGUCGCAACGACCUGGAGCUGAAGAUGGAGGAAGCCAAGGAGAACAUCCGAAAAGCAGAGACGGUGAAGCUGAAGGCAGAAGCGAGGCUGGACCUGCUCAGACAGGUGGGCGUGUCCGUGGACACCUGGCUGAAGAGCGCCAUGAAUCAGGUGAUGGAGGAGCUGGAGAAUGAGCGCUGGGCAACCCUCCCCUCCCUGACCACCCACGAUCCUUCACUGUCGGCCACAGCUGACUUCGAGAGGGAGGAAGGCGAGGAGUUUGAGGACAACAUGGAGGUGUUUGACGACAGUAGCUCCAGUCCUUCUGGCACUCUGCGCAACUACCCACUCACCUGCAAGGUGCUCUACUCCUACAAGGCGUCCCAGCCGGAUGAGCUGACCAUCGAGGAGCAGGAGGUGCUGGAGGUGAUUGAGGACGGGGACAUGGAGGACUGGGUGAAGGCGAGGAACAAGGCGGGGCACGUGGGAUACGUGCCAGAGAAGUACCUGCAGUUCCCCACCUCCAACAGCCUCCUGAGCAUGCUGCAGUCCCUGGCCGCCCUGGACGCUCGAUCCCACACCUCCAGCAACUCCACCGAGCCUGAGCUGGCCUCAGGCAGCAUGAACGGGGACGCUAGCUUGAGCUUCGUGAAGGCCAUGUACGACUACGAGGGCCAGACGGACGACGAGCUCUCCUUCCCCGAGGGGGCCAUAAUCCGCCUCCUCAACAAGGACAACCAGGAGGACGACGGCUUCUGGGAGGGCGAGUUCAACGGCCGCGUGGGCGUCUUCCCGUCGGUGCUGGUGGAGGACCUGAUGGGCUCGGAGAACGGAGAUGCGCUGUGGGGCCCUGAUGCACAGGUGUCUCCCUCCCAGCAGCUGCACUCCUCCCUGCCCCCGCUGCCCCUGUACGACCAGCCGCCGUGCAGCCCUUACACCAGCCCGGACAGCGGCACUGCCCCGCCCUUCCCCCGCUCGCCCUCCGUCAACGGCGACCACAAGCUGACGCCCGCGCCACACAAGGGCCCCGCCCACAAUCACAGCAGCAGUUUGGGUUCUGACCCCCCGGGCUUCUCCCAGCCCCCGAGGUUCACCCCCGAUGGCGGACCAGGGAAGCUGCGACCUGUGCGUGCAGCGCCCCCUCCCCCAAAACAGCACCCCCGCAGGCAGGUGGAGAAGACGGAGGAGGUGGAGAUCACUUUGGUGUAAGAGCGCCGCCCUGGUGGCUCACUGACUGAACUGGACCUGGCCCCCGGCCCCUCACUCCCUCACUGCAAAGGAGACGGGGAGCGCAAGCAGGAGAGGGGAAAGUCUUGCACCACUGGAAACCCCCCCCCCCCCCAAAGCUGCCCCCUUUUAGCAGCAUGGGGAGGUGCGGGAAAAAGGUGCACCCCCUCCUCCUCACCUCCAGAGCGGAGCGAAGGAAGGAAACACAACCUCCUCAGAGCCACAAACGCCUGGUGCCUUUCUUGCACAUCUUUUUUUCCAGUGGACGUGUGAGGUGUGAGAGUUGAGACUUGAGGAGGGGAGGCGGGGGGGGGGGGAUUUCUCUGGGGUAACCCAGGCCCAGCUACAUGUAAUCAUAUCAUACGUAUUUAAUGUGCAUUAGUACAGUACAUUACUGUUGUCAUAGGAAUGUUCAAAAUACGCGCAACAUUUCGUCAUAUAGCAUUACCAAGUCAAUACUGUGUUUGAUAUGGAGUAGAUGGUAUUGAUACCUCUAGGCGAAAGGGAAAUGUAUAAGAGGCACAGAGAGAGUGAGGAGGCUGGUUCCUCCUGCAGACUCCGCCAAACCCCUGCCAGGAAAGAAGCGUCCUUAUCUCAUAGAUAAGGAACAUGUGGCAAUUUGAAACAAUACUAAUCACACAAAUAUAACUCUUUUCAGCUUUUAUUAUGAAGACAAGGAUCUGUAUUACUAAUAUUUAGUCCUCAAAGAAAAAAAAGAAAGCAAUACAGAUUAGACGAUAUACGUUUCUGAAAGUGUGAUCAGCAAACGUCAGGUUAAUCUUUCGUGUAGCCCUGCGGUAUUCCUCUCACUUACUGUAUCAUUGCCUGACUUUAUCGUUUAUAUAUGCGAAUCAAUAUCUGAACAUUAGUUGAAGUGCAUUAUUUUACAUGAAGCUCUAUCGUGUAACACUGUUGAAGACUGAAUGGGAUGUUUUGUGAUUCAACAAAAAGUAUUUAAUGAAUCGGAACAUCAAGGCACACUCAUAGAUUAUCUUCUGACUGGAAUAAAGUGAAACAGAAAUUCUCAGAGGGGAGGGUCUGGUCUCUUCGGGUGUGUUUCAUCAUGGUUGUGAAUAUGAAAGAGCAGAUAAAAAAAAAAUGUCCUCCUUUUUGUGUUGGUCCUUUUUCCUCUUGCGAGGGGCAGCCGAUUCCCUUAUAUUUUGUAUUAGAACACUUUCUUUUAAGUGAUUUUAUUUCAUCACCGUUUUCUUUUCACGCCUUGCUGAAGCUCUCUGCCUCAGUACAUUCUGAAAAACAGGCAUUCCUCACAGGUUAUUGUGACAUAUCACCUCAUUUCAUUUGAUUGGCAGGACACUGAGAUGCAUUAAACAGACAUGAACAACCUCUGUCACUGGAGAUUUGGAAAUGUUACAAAACAAUUUCUAGGACUCCACUCUUCUAGUGUUGUACAGUGUGGCAAGGAGCAGUAGAGUCUGCAUCACUGGAGAGUCUCAUUACAACAAGCUUCCCCUGCAUUGUGUGAGAACCCUAAAAUCAUUUCAAGUUCCUCUUUUCAAGCUAGACAGGUAUGCACAUGCUUCAGUAAUCCCCUACCUACAUGUUCUUAAAGAAUCAAGGCUUCAUUGAUUGGUUGGCACUUUGGGAUAGGAUUAAAUAAUAAAACGGACUGGUCCCUUGAAUUUAAGAAGAGGCAUCCAGCACAAAUUCAGUUCACUGCCAGUUACAGAUAUUCUGUAUCUAUAGAGAAUACAUGAUGGAGGAGGAACUCUUUGAUGCCUAGAACAAACAUUUCUCUCUUAUUGAACAAAGUUUUCAUAAAUUAUUUAACAAUGUUUAAAUGACAUACUGUCGUGUUAAUGGGCUUGACUAGUGUUCCAGAAUGAUAAAUUGAGACAGCACUCUGCAGGUGUGUGUGUGUGUCUGUGUCUGUGUCUAUGUGUUUGUAUGAAAGAGAGACUAUAUCUGAAUACUGUAAACAAAAAAUUAUGACAUAACUUUUAAGCAAGUGGAGCACCAUAAUGUUGGUCCUUCUGCAUUGUAAACAGAUUAAUCAAAAUUAUUAUCAAUUAUUAUCAAAACCCAUCAAAUUGCAAGACAUACCAGCACUUUUUGUUUUUUGGUUUGAUUUGCACCCUCCAGUAUUGCCCUUGUAUGGCUGCCCCUCGCUGGCACUUUGCUUCUGUAACCCAUGUAAUUGUGAGUUUUUUGUGUUUCUUCCACAUUAGUGUACCUUUCGUGGUUUUGCAGACCAGAUCUGCUUUCAAUAUUACUCCUGAAUAUGAACAGAAGAUGGUUUUGGAAGGCGAGAUGCUUUUGUGUGAUAUUAUCAAAAAAUAGCUGUUUGUUCAAAAGGAGAGAAAAAAAAAUGUCAGUGAGAGAAUGUUGAUUUCAACGUGAAAUAAAUCAGUAAAGAUUUUGAAAGUAGUUGAUCAGAGGGGAAGAUAUAUGAAUAUCUAUGCUCUGUCUGUCUGUUCUCUUGCUCUCUCUUCUUGUUGAUCUCGUUGAGAUCUUUUGAAUGUUAUCAAACUUGUUUUGAAGUUUAUGGUUUACAGCAAUCCCGUCAUUUCAGCUGUUCUCACCCCAAAAACACAUUUUCCCGGUAGUCUCUCUGGUCAGUUGCUACUCUUCCCUCAAAACUACAGCCACACUUGCCUAUUGAUUUAUUUAGUGUUUUACAUUUUUUUUUUUGAUUUGAAGAUGUUUUAAGAGCUGCUACAAGAUCCAGUACAGCAACAGGCCUUCCCUUCAGACUGUUGCCGCGGUGACAAUGUCAGAGAGCAGUGGUGCAAAAUUCUUUCUGCAUUUUAUUGGCUGUAAAAAAGUUUGUAUUUAUUGUGUACAAAUGUUAAAUAAAAAAAC